AUGUCCAACGCGCGCGCGCGCGCGAGCGGGACGGUGAAAUGGUUCAAUUGUACGCGUGGGUUCGGGUACAUCACACCCAGUGAUGGCUCGGAAGACGUCUUCGUGCAUCAGAGCGCGCUCACGAUGGAUGGUUUCAGGAGCUGUUGGGAGGGAGAUGAGGUCGAGUUUGAAGUGGAAGAGGUCGAGGGACGGAUGAAGGCGGCGAACGUCACCGGUCCGGGCGGCGCGCCCCUUAAACACACGCCAACGUCCAAGUAUCGGCGGGUGCGUAAACAGGGAAGCGCCCCUGAUGGAGAAAACGGCAAGGUAAAGGAGGACGUGUAA